GUCGCUCAUCUGGAAAGAAACGAGGAGGUAGUAAAUGUAAUAUUAUUCCUUGCUCCCCUUCCGUUCGUCCUUCCUCACUCUGGCGGAUACAUAGAUAGUCACCACGGCUACACAUUACACGUAAAACUCACUGCCUCUGUGUUUCUAUGUAUCUAGGGUUACAAAUUAGAACAACAACCAAAGAGACCAACUCACUCAGAAGCGAAUCUGAAAACUCAUCAAUAUCGUCAUGUAUUUUUAUGGCUAAUGGUGCGGCUAUUCUGCUGUGAAUGCAAUGUCCGAGGGUGCGGAGGUCAAUGAGCGUGUCGACAUUGAUGAGGAGAAUUAUAUGGAAGAGAUUGAUGAUGAUGUUGAAGAACAGAUAGAUGACCAUGGACAAGAAGCACCUGAACCUCCACAUGAACAUAAGGAGUCACCUGCUGAGGCUGCUGCUAAAGAUCAGUUGCCUGAACAAGAACAAGAAAGAAGUGACACUGCUGCAGAAAUUCUCCAAGAUGGGCAGAAACCAUCUUCUGUCAAUGAAGAAGAUGAGGAGAAGGAAAAGCAUGAUGAACUUCUUGCCCUUCCUCCUCAUGGUUCUGAAGUCUUCAUUGGUGGGCUUCCUCGCGAUGCCAAUGAAGAUGAUUUGAAGGCAUUGUGCGAGCCAAUGGGUGACGUUCUAGAGGUGCGACUAAUGAAGGACAAGGACACCGGCGAAAACAGGGGUUAUGCUUUUGUCGCUUUUAAAACAAAGGAGGUAGCACAAAAGGCCAUUGAAGACAUACACAACAAGGAAUUUAAGGGCAAAACCUUGAGGUGUUCACUGUCUGAAACAAAACACAGAUUGUUCAUUAGUAACAUUCCAAAGACUUGGACGGAGGAUGAGUUCAGGAAACAUGUCGAGGCUGUUGGUCCGGGUGUUGAAAACAUCGAGCUCAUCAAGGACCCCCAAAACCCCACUAGGAAUCGUGGGUUUGCUUUUGUUUUGUAUUACAAUAAUGCAUGUGCUGACUAUUCGCGGCAAAAGAUGUCAAUUGCAAGUUUUAAGCUGGGUGGUAAUACCCCAAAUGUCACAUGGGCAGAUCCAAAGAUCUCACCUGAUCAUUCUUCAUCUUCACAGGUUAAAGCUCUAUAUGUUAAAAACAUACCUGAGAAUGUUACUACUGAACAACUAAAAGAACUAUUCCGGCGACAUGGAGAAGUGACAAAAGUGGUCAUGCCACCUGGUAAAGCUGGAGGGAAACGUGAUUUUGGUUUCAUUCAUUAUGCAGAGCGGUCAAGUGUAUUGAAAGCUGUCAAAGAUACAGAAAAAUAUGAAAUUAAUGGCCAAGUGCUUGAAGUUGUUCUUGCCAAGCCUCAAACUGAUAGAAAAGCUGAAGUUAGUUAUGCCUACAAUCCUGUACUUCAUCCAAGCCAUCUUAUACAUCCCGGAUAUGGUAGUUUUUCUGGAAACCUUUACGGCUCUUUAGCUGCAGGAUAUGGUGUUGCUACAGGUUAUCAACAGCCAAUGAUUUAUGGGAGAGGUCCAAUGCCGGCAGGAAUGCAGAUGGUUCCAAUGGUAUUACCAGAUGGUCAAAUCGGCUAUGUCCUUCAACAGCCUGGUGUACAGGCACCACCGGCCCGACCUCGCAGAACUGAUCGGAACAAUGGUCCAAGUGGUCAACCGGGCCGAGCAGGAGGUGGUGGCAGCGAAGAAAGCAACCGUAAUAGAAGGUACCGACCCUAUUAGUGGUAGAAUGCAGAUAGAUGCAAUGGUUUUUUUAUUUUUUUGUUUUUUUUUUGU